AUGGAGUAUAGUUGCAGUAGAAAAAGUUGUUCCCACCCAUGGCAGGUCGCACUGGAUCUGCCAGGUCAGCUGGGUGAGGGUCGGCAGCCCCAGCGGGUCGAUGUUCCUUCAAACCCAUCGGGAGAACCCGGAGGCCACGGACGACUGAGGGGCUUUGAGAGCGUUCGGCAGGAGAGAAGGCCAGAAGGAUUACGGGUUUCCUCGGGACUCCAGGAUUUGUGUUUACGAGAGAGGGGUGGACGUCGGAGGGAUUACCAUGACCUGGGGGUCAAUACUCGACAAACCAUGGUGCAUGUGCAAGAAUCAAAAACUGGUAUGUCAGGUAGAAUGAUAAAAUUAACUUCCAAUCACUAUCGUAUGACGUCUCGACCCCAGUGGGCUCUGUACCAGUACCACGUUGGCUACAGCCCGGAGAUGGAAUCGCGCCGCCUUCGCUCCGCUCUGCUCUUCCAGCACGAAGAGCACAUUGGCAGGACCCACGCCUUCGAUGGCUCAAUAUUGUUCUUGCCACAAAAACUACGCAAUAAGGUUACUGAACUGUUUAGUAGGACUCGAAAUGGGGAGGAUGUGAAGAUAACAAUCACUUUGACUAAUGAGUUGCCACCUACUUCACCUACAUGUCUGCAUUUUUACAACAUCAUUUUUAGAAGGCUUUUGAAGAUGCUCAAUUUGCAGCAGAUUGGCCGUAAUUAUUACAACCCUGGGGAUCCAGUCAGCAUCCCUAAUCACAGGUUGAUGGUGUGGCCAGGCUUCUCAAGUUCCAUCCUCCAGUAUGAGGAGAGCAUUAUGUUGUGUGCAGAUGUGAGCCAUAAGGUUCUUCGUGGUGAGACAGUGUUGGAUGUUAUGCACAGCCUUCAUUCCCAGGUUGGAGAGGAAAGGUUUAGAGAUGCCUGUGCUAAAGAGCUGAUUGGUUUAAUUGUUCUCACAAGGUACAAUAACAGAACAUACAGAAUUGAUGACAUCAACUGGGAUAGCAAUCCAAUGGCUACCUUUAGAAAAUCAGAUGGUGCUGAGAUCACUUUCCUGGAGUACUACAAAAAGCAAUAUAAUAUAGACAUUGGUGAUCCAAAGCAGCCUGUCUUGAUCAGUCAGCUGAAGAAGAGUAGAAAUGUGGAAGGAACUGUGGUUCUAAUUCCAGAGCUGUGCUCUCUAACAGGAUUAACGGAGAAGAUGCGAACUGACUUCAACAUGAUGAAGGACUUGGCGACUCACACCCGGCUGCCACCUGAGCAAAGGCAGUGGGAAGUUGGGAGACUUCUGAACUACAUCCAAAAAGAUGACAAUGUUCAGAAGGAACUUGGAAACUGGGGUUUAAGCUUUGAUUAUAAAUCAGUGACCUUUACGGGAAGAGUUGUUCAAGGAGAAAAGAUCUUUCAAUCAGGAAACAUGGUUGAUUACAACCCUCAGUUUGCUGACUGGACAAAGGAGACCAGGGGAGUUCCCUUAAUCCGUGCUGUGCCCAUGGACAACUGGCUGUUAAUCCACACACGGCGCAACCACGACGUUGCCAACACCUUAAUUCAGAGCCUCUACAAGGUCACACCCUCUAUGGGGAUCAAGAUGAGCAGGCCCACCACGAUUGAAGUAGAUGACAGAACAGAAGCUUACUUAAGGGUUUUACAGCAAAGGGUUACCCCUGACACAAACAUAGUGGUUUGUAUCUUGUCCAGUGCCCGAAAAGAUAAAUAUGAUGCCAUCAAGAAAUAUUUAUGCACAGAUUGCCCCAUCCCAAGUCAGUGUGUGCUUGCUCGCACUUUAAGCAAACAUCAGACAAUUAUGACUGUUGCAACAAAAAUCGCCCUGCAAAUGAACUGCAAAAUGGGUGGAGAACUCUGGAGUGUUGAGAUCCCACUGAAGCAGGUGAUGAUUGUGGGAAUUGAUUGUUACCAUGACACUGUAACUGGAAGGCAGUCAGUGGCAGGAUUUGUCUCUAGCCUGAAUCAAACAAUGACAAGGUGGUUCUCCCGCUGCGUUGUUCAAAGUCGUGGGCAAGAACUUGUGGAUGGAAUCAAAGCCUGCUUGCAAACUGCUCUAAGAAACUGGUUCAAGUGGAAUAAGUGUUUGCCCUCUCGUAUCUUUGUGUACCGUGAUGGUGUUGGAGAUGGCCAGCUAAAUACUCUGGUUAAUUAUGAAGUGCCUCAAUUCCUGGAUUGCUUGAAGAGCAUCGGUUCUUUCUACAGGAAAGUAGAGUCUGAAAGAAGUCGCAGCUCGGAGGAAUUGAGUCCAAGACUUACUGUGAUCGUUGUGAAGAAACGAGUGGGUGCCAGGUUCUUUGCAGAGGUUGGUGGAGGACUUAAAAACCCACCCCCUGGCACUGUUGUUGAUACAGUGAUUACCAGACCAGAGUGGUAUGAUUUCUUUGUUGUGAGCCAUACAGUGAAAAAUGGUUGUGUCACACCCACUCAUUACAAUGUCAUUUAUGAUGGCAGCCAGCUGAAACCAGAUCACUUGCAGAGGUUGACCUACAAACUCUGCCACAUGUACUAUAACUGGUCGGGUGUUAUCAGAGUACCUGCUCCUUGCCAGUAUGCUCAUAAACUGGCUUUCCUUGUCGGUCAGAGCAUUCACAGAGAACCAAAUCUGAUGCUUUCAGACAGACUUUACUAUCUUUGAAGUUGAGUUAUCAGCCUUCUUCUCCAAGGAACACAGAAUUGUCUAAGGUUUUGGUUUUCAGUUUUGUUUUUUCUUAAAAGACAUAAACAUGGGAUAAUACGUGCAGUUAUGGAACUUAGUUUUGUUUUGUUUUGUUUUUUU